AAAGUCAAGACGAUCCUCGCCAGCGGCGACAUCAGCAUCCUCGAUCACGAUCAGAACAAGCGAACAGCUCUCCACGUCGCCGCGAGCGAAGGGCACCACGAGCUCGUCCACCUGCUGCUCGAGCUGCGCGCAGAUGCUAACGCCAAAGACAAGUUUGAAAACACGCCGGUCAACGAUGCCGUGAGAACCAAACACGACAAGGUCAUCGACGUGAUUCGGUCGCACAUGAAGAGCAUCAGGUACAGCCUGCCUGGCAGUCAAGUUGGCGUCGAGCUCUGCGAAGCUGCGGCGACAGGGAACCUCGAGCAGAUCACCCGCCUGCUCAACAAUGGCGUCAACGUCAACGAGGCGGACUACGAUGGCCGCACAGCCCUGCACCUCGCGUGCUGUGAAGGUCAUCUGCAUGCCGUAGAGAGUCUGCUCAAGGCUCAAGCCAACGUGCACUGUCAAGAUCGGUUCACCGGCACGGCCCUGGAAGACUCAGUUCGCCAUCACUUCAACAACAGGACCUCUACCCAGAUCCAGGAGCUGCUGCGCAAGCACGGCGCUUCUCUCGAGCACAAGAUGCAGGAGUAUGCAGCAAAGAUGUGCUUCUACGCGAGCCAAGGCAUGCUGGACAACAUCAAGAUCCUCGUUGAGAACGGCAUCGCAGUCAACGUGGGCGACUACGACAGCCGCACGCCUCUGCAUCUCGCAGCCUCGACGGGCUGGACGUCAGUGGUGGAGUACCUAGUG